AUGUUUUGUGAAGACGCGUGCUUAGGCCAUUCAAAUGGUUUGGAUAAAAUUAGAAAUAUAAAUGAUAGGUUGAACGCAGAAGUAGUAGAACAAAUAAAUGGUUCUCAAGAGUUGGUUAUGCUCAGUAACUUUGCAAGAGAAUCACACGAAUAUAAUUUUAAAAAGAGCUUACAAGAAAGAAUAUCAGACGUAACUUCUUGGCGUUGGGUGUUAGACGAUCUAUCUAAACGUCUAGAAGAAGCUAUAGUUUCGUUGAAGUAUGAAGACAAUGCUCUGAAAGUUGUAGUUCAAAGGAUCGAGGACGAGAUUCGAGAACAUUCUACACAAGGCACACGACCAGGAGCCAUGAGCCCAUUGCGUGAUGCUGUAGAGGACGCUAUAAUACAAGAAUACAAUUUUCUUCGUGAAGAGAAAAAGAAAUUUGAGAAAUUGGUCCCAGAGCUGACAAAGCAAAUUUUACUUCUAGAAAAAACUAAAAAGAGAAUAGAAUGUGAUAUUCUCAAUAAGGACCAGGCCAUAAGUGUGGAUGAAACAUGUGUAGACAAAGAUUAUAGAAAUGCUAAGGUAGAAAAUUGGAAGGGGAGAAAGAAGAAAGGCUUAUCAAUGAAAAAGUGGGAAAAACGAUGUGCUUUACUAAAAAGGGCAGGACUACGGGCACUAAGAUACACUAUAGUUACUCGUCUCCAGGUUCGAGGCGCAAGAGUGCAAUUAUCUAUCGCAGCACAGGCCAUGGCAACCCGAGUCGAUACAAUCCUCAGAAGACGCUAUCACACCAACUCUUUGAAAUUGGAAGAUUUGAAGUGGCAAAAACAGGAGGCGAUACGUGAUCUCAAGUCUCUCGAAGAAGAACAAUCACAAUCAGAAUAUAAUUUACUGCAAAUCAUGGAUCAAGAACGCAUAGUUGAGGCCAGAAUCAUUGAACGAGCCAGAAAACCCGGUCGAGAGCUCAUCAAAGACGAUGCUGAUCGGAAAUCGAAAUAUGAAUUGAUACAGACAAGACUGCUUGCUAAAGAACUAAGGAAGAAUAUAGAACGAAUUGCGUCCCUUCAAGAUGCGGUAGCGAAUGCCAUUACGAAAAUUGAUUGCACAGCAGAAGAUUUGUCUCAAGUUCUUCUUCUAGACGAGAGUAGAAUAAGGUCCAGAACAGGGGAGGUCCCAAUUGUAUCUUCUGGAAGUACUUUGUCUUCUGCCCAGUCUCAUUCUAGAGAUAGAUCCCCACAACCUUCAGAUCAGUUGACUGUCAUCCAGGAGGAAAAUGAAGAUGACUAUCCAUUUGAUUUCUAAUCACUACUGAUUUAUAAAGCCGAAUGUGCAUUUUAUAUUUGGUUAUAUCAUUGGCGCCAAACAGCUUAAUCAAUUUGAUAUAAAAUAAAAUAUGAUAAGGGAAUAAAGAUAAUAAAAUAUUGCAUUUAUGUAUUCAUAAUGCACUAACAAUGGUCAACAUCUAAUGAUCAAAGUAGCAAAAAU